AUGGUUGAGACGGAGAAAAGCGUCCCUGUCCCUUGUCAGGGAUAUCGCGAGCUUCCAGCUCACGAGUAUGCACGGGGGAACGGACUGUCUUCCGACUUCGAGAUCGACCCGUUAUCCUUGUUGACGUUACCGAGUCACGACAGCUAUGAUUUCUCGGCAGACGACGACUCUUUACACCCUUUGAAUAUACCUGUUGUCUACUUCAAUGAACGUCCCACCUUGACGAAGACAGCAGCACAGCUGCUCAACCAGACUAUGGGCAGAGUUGCUGAGGAAUCUAAUCUUCAAGGCAGACCCAGCACCCCAUCAAGGUGUCCUCCGAAGCUAGAACCACCCCUGUUGCGGACGGACCACGAAUUCGAUUGCAGAAAACUUGAAAACCAAAUCCAAACAACGCAGAAAGCGUGGGUUCCCGAUGGUGCCGUGCCUGCGGAGCCCCUUGAUUCGUCUCAAGAUGAAUCCUUGGAAUUCCCUACAUUUGCAUAUCUGUAUCGCGAAGACUUGCUGGCAGUUAUCAGCAAGGACCGAAUUUCGAUUUCCAAAGAAACACUGGAAUGUUUGAGGUCGACCAUACAGAGUUCAUGGACGGAUACCGAGACCAAUGCAGUGAUCCUGGACGAGAUUGCAGCGCAGAGGGCAUGUUGCUAUCCUUCUGAAUGUUACGCGGGUCUGUCUACUAACGCAACAUCGACAGGGGCAUAA